UCAAAAUCUAACCUUCAGCUUCGAGAGCUGUUUCACUCGCACAAGUAGAGUGCGUUUGUCGCAUGUAUCAGAGUCAGUAAUGAUGACUCCAGCCUCCGGGUUUCUGUGGUUCUCAUUUCUUUCGUAUACUUAAGAAGGAAGACAUUUCAUUCUCAAAAAAAAAAGAAAAAGGAAGACAUUUCUGAGAAGCUGUGUUUGACUGUUGUCUGUAACAGAAUGGCUUUAUGAACAAGGAUGCUAUUGAAACCCUAUUAAUAGUAAUCUCACAGCAAUUAGAUUACAAUGUGGCUCAGACCAAAAACCCACCCACUUGCUCAACCCACCUUAGAUUUCCCACUUGCCCCCCUGAAUUCCUACGGUCUUUGAAGAACCCUGAAACCCUUCUGUUGGUUAGACCAUUCAUCCAAGUUUGUGUUUCAUAAUCAAGUGGAGUAGGUUUUGAGGUUUGAGUUAGCUGUUCUUGUUCUGCUUUGGGAUUUCUAUGGAGAAGUACGAGGUAGUGAAAGAUAUUGGGUCUGGGAACUUUGGUGUUGCAAGGCUGGUGAGAGACAAGUGUACCAACGAGCUCUUGGCUGUUAAGUUCAUUGAGAGAGGCACUAAGAUAGAUGAAAAUGUUCUAAGGGAGAUCAUGAACCACAGAUCCUUGAAGCAUCCCAAUAUCGUUCAAUUCAAAGAGAUAUUGCUGACACCGACUCAUCUAGCCAUUGUAAUGGAGUAUGCUGCUGGAGGAGAACUUUAUGACAGAAUAGUCAAGGCUGUUAGGUUUAGUGAGAAUGAGGCAAGGUUUUUCUUCCAGCAAUUGAUAUCAGGAGUUCGUUACUGUCAUGAAAUGCAAAUAUGUCAUAGGGACCUUAAGCUUGAAAAUACACUCUUAGAUGACAGCGCAGCGCCUCGUGUGAAAAUAUGUGAUUUUGGAUACUCAAAGUCAUUACUGAGUUCUCUGCCAAAGUCUACUGUGGGAACACCUGCUUAUAUUGCACCUGAAGUUUUAUCUAAAAAAGAAUAUAAUGGACAGAUUGCUGAUGUUUGGUCAUGUGGAGUCACAUUAUAUGUCAUGCUCGUUGGAGCAUAUCCCUUUGAAGAUCCGAAGGACCCUAUGAACUUCAGAAAAACAAUUCGGCGGAUCCUUACUGUACGCUAUGCAAUCCCAGAUAGUGUCCGAGUUUCUGUUGAGUGUAGACACCUGUUGUCUAGGAUUUUUGUUGUCAACCCGGAAAAGAGAAUAACACUUCCGGAACUUAUGACUCAUCGUUGGUUUGCAAAGAACUUACCUCUGGAGCUGAAGGAAGGAGGAAGCUGGGAGACUAAUGCUGUAAACACUCCAUCCCAAAGCAUUGAACAAGUUCUGUCCAUCAUAAAAGAGGCAAGAAAACCACUGAAGGUCCCAACUGUCAGUAGGUUUUGCGUUGGAAGCAGCAUGGCUAUUGAUGAUGCUGAUGUUGGUGAAGGUACAUAAUCGUGUGGUGAUUGUUGUAUGCCAAGUAUGAGCUAUUGAAGUGUACACAUUUGCCCUGUGUACAUGGCUCUUUUGAUUAAUCUAUAAUCCUGUGUUGCUGUAACUAUAGGGCUUCUUAUUGUAAAAGCGCACACGUUUUAAACGAUUUAGCUGAAAAUAGCACACCCCUUCCAUCAGUUCCAUGUUCAGUUUGGUGUUUAUGGACACCAAUCAGUACAUCUGAUGAUGACAUGACAUUAGCGAUAGAAUUUGAAGACAUAAAGACUCAUGAACUU